CGCUCGCUCGCUUCCCCGCCGCGGUGACUCACGGAGCGGGAGGCGGAGGCUCCGGUGGCCGCUCCCGCUGCUGCUUCUCCGGCUGCUGCUCCCGCUGCCGCCGCCGCCGCCAAGGCCCGGAACAGGCCUGCGCCGGGUGGCCCGGCCUAGGCUCGGGCGGCCCAGGGCCGCGCCUGCCUCUGUCCCUUCACUACCCGCCCGGACAGUCCCGCUCCUGCUGAUUCCUGCCGCUGAUUUCUAGAAGCAGGGUCGUCAGAGCUGGCCAGGGGAUGAACCGCGAGGGGACCCCCGGGAAGACUCCCGAGGAAGUGUACAUCCAGCAGAAGGUCCGAGUGCUGCUCAUGCUGCGGAAGAUGGGCUCCAACCUGACAGCCAGUGAGGAGGAGUUUCUGCGCACGUACGCGGGGGUCGUGAGCACCCAGAUGAGCCAGCUGCCACCACAUGCCAUCGACCAGGGCGCCGAGGAUGUGGUGAUGGCCUUCUCCAGGUCGGAGACGGAGGACCGCAGGCAGUAGCCCUGGACACGUGGACACCCUCGCCAGGCAAGGGCCCAAGACCCAUGUGGACCCCGAAGGGCUGAGCAGCGGCUCACCCCCCCACUGCUCCGCCGCCUCCCACUGCUCCCCUCCCCGCCUCCACGCCAUCCACCGGGGCUGCCACCGAGCACGAAGCCCUGGGCAGACCGUUCCGAUGGGCUCCAUGGGACAGACUCGCGAUUGGCUGCAGGAAGAAACCUUUUUAUUUUUAAA